CCUUUCUUGAAUACGAUUUCGAAAAAGUUCGACGUUUAACGCCACGGCAAACACUAUAUAAGGGAGCGAAACGCGCUCAUUUCUCUCUCUUUCAUUUCCUUUUCUCUAAGGUUUUCAUAGUUAUCUUCUUUUUUACUCGUCUCCUCUCUAUAAAUAUACAGUGCCCUAUCGUACCGUUUUUCUGCCCUUUUCUUUUUUCUUUAUUGGCUGAAGAUUCAAGCUUCUUGAAUCCAAGCUGACCAGGUUUUGGAUUGGAGGGAUUUUUCAAAGGAGAUGGCAAUGUAUGAGCAAGAUUCAGAUGUAAUCCAGUGGGGUCUUCGUCUGCUUGAUGGGGAUCCUCCUUUUUAUCCUGGGUAUUAUGCUGGUGGUGGAGUACAAACUGGGGAUGAUUAUCGUGGACAUUAUGUCAGAGAUCAUUAUGACAUAUCAGAUUGUACAGAUGUGGACAGUGAUGAGGCUAUUGCCCGGACGCUGCAAGAAGAAUUUUCACAGCUAGCUGUUAACUCUGGCUACUCACCUGCAAGAGAAGAUCAAUUGGAAAUAUCCAUUUACAAGCAUGAUUGGCAUGGCACACCAAGAAGGAGCUACAGUUCAGACCAUGAGGAUAGUCAUGAAGAUGCAGAUGAUAUGGUUGCUUCUAGUUCUUGCUCCAGCCCUGAAAAUGGGGAAGAGUAUUCCUAUUCUGCAGAAUUUACUGAUGAAUAUGGACUGGAUGUGGAAGUCGGCAAGAGGCUGAAUCAAAUGAUUCCUAUCCCUCAUGUUCCUAGAAUCAAUGGAGAAAUACCUUCAAUUGAUGAAGCAACUUCAGAUCAUGAAAGGCUUCUUAACAGAUUGCAGUUAUAUGACUUUGUUGAGGUCAAGGUUCAAGGGGAUGGUAACUGUCAGUUUCGUGCUUUAUCAGAUCAAUUGUACAACACACCUGAUCGCCACCAAGUUGUGAGGCAACGCAUUGUAAACCAGCUGAGAUCUCACCCGGAGAUAUAUGAAGGGUAUGUGCCCAUGGAAUACGGUGACUAUUUGAAGAAGAUGUCCAAGAAUGGUGAAUGGGGAGAUCAUGUCACAUUGCAGGCAGCUGCUGAUUCGUAUGGUGUGAAAAUACUUGUUAUGACCUCUUUUAAAGACACCUGCUACAUUGAGAUUCUGCCCAUCAACCAGAAGUCAAAAGGAGCAAUUUUCUUGAGUUUUUGGGCAGAGGUGCACUACAAUUCUAUAUAUUUUCAAGGAGAUACAGCUUCUAACGAGCACCGGAAGAAGAAGAAGUGGUGGAGUUUUGGGAGUAGGCACUAGAUAUGGCUGGCUUUUGAGCUAAACGCCCUUUGCAGCAAUGGCUGGUAUUUAGUUUGUGCAAGGUCUUCUUGGUGCAAGGCUUUCUUGUAAUGUGUACAUUCCUAAUGUCCCAAUUUUGCAGGAAUCCCUAGCAUGCCAGAUCUCAUCUUUCUAUAGAAAAAGAGUGGAAAUCAGACACAGCAUAUCUUUUCAUUCUUUGGAUAUAAGAAUAGAGCACGGAUAAAAUUUGGGUUUAAGUUUCAUUUCUGAUUCUCAUUGAGUUCUCUGGUGUAGCCAUUUCUCUCUAGUCUCCAACAAUAUCCUCAAGUACAUUAUUAUUAUUGUUGUUGUUGUCUUGAGAUUUGAAGACAAACUCCAAACUGUGAUGUUAAAAACAAGGUAUAUAAUCUUCGUUUCAAAAAGAGAAUGCAUGAGCAUUGCAAUCUUUAAAUA